GGUGUUACGCUUGCCGCCAUUUUAAAAAUCUAUUUUAUUGACCACGAUUCCCGUAACUGUAAAAGAAUAUUUAGCUGUUUAUUGUUAUUAAUUUGAUAGUAUGUAAAGUCUUUCAUUUAGCCUACUUAAACUAAGUAAGUUUAGUGCUAUUCCAUCAUGAGGCGAUGCCAUUACGAAGUUCUCGGUGUGGAAAGGGAUGUCGACGACUCUGCUUUGAAGAAGACUUAUCGAAAACUUGCACUCAAAUGGCACCCAGACAAAAACUUGGACAACGCGGAAGAAAGCACAAGAGUUUUCAGAGAAAUCCAGCAAGCCUAUGAUGUUUUAUCGGACCCUCAAGAACGAGCUUUCUACGAUAAACACAGGGAGCAAAUACUUCGUGGUGGAGACGACUAUGUAGAUAACAGUUUAAAUCUCAUGAAAUAUUUCAGCUCCUCUGUGUACGCUGGCUUUGGUGAUGACGAUAAAGAAUUUUAUGGUAUUUAUUCAUGGGUUUUUAAGACUAUAACCGAGGAGGACGCAGAGUUUGUCGAUAAUAAGGAAGAGUUCUUAAAAGAAGUACCCGAGUUUGGUAAGAGUGAUUGUAUUUACGAAGAAGGGGUCGAACAGUUCUAUGCGUACUGGCAGAGUUAUUUUACUAAGAAGAGCUACGUUUGGCAUGAUAAAUACGACAUCCGCGAAGCCCCAAACAGACGAGUGCUUAGAUUGAUGGAAAAAGACAACAAAAAGCUACGAGACGCGGCAAAGAAAGAACGGAACGAGGAGGUUCGAGCACUGGUGAAAUUCGUGAAGAAGAGAGAUAAACGAGUUAAGGUAUACAUGGAGAGAUUGAAGGAGAAGGAAGAGGAGCGCAAGAGGCAGGUCGAGCAGCUCAAACUUGAGGCAAAGAAAGAGCGGGAGAAAAUGUUUCAGGAGUACCAAGAACAGGAAUGGGCCUCGCUAGCCGAUCUGGAGAGGGACUUGGACGAGAUGGAUAACCAUCUUGAUAGUGAGUUCGGUCGCGUCGAUGACGUCACCGGAAGCCAAUCAGAUGAGGAGGAUGUGGAACAGUUCUACUGUGUAGCAUGUGACAAGUCAUUUAAAUCCACCAAGGCACUGGCUAACCACGAGAAAUCGCGAAAACACAAAGAGAACGUAGCGCUGAUCAAGGAGGAGCUCGCGAAGAUGGACCUUGGAGACGAAGACACAACUGGCGAUGUUGAAGAAGUCAUAUCCAAUGCUGAUGACGCACAAUAUGUGGAACAGAGCUACUUUAAGGACAGGCAAAAUAGCAUCGAUAAACGAGACCCUCAGGGGAACCCGGACAAGUCAGACCAAGACAAUGAUUUUGUGAGUGUCGGGGAGCUUGAACUUCAGGACUCUUUGGAUUUGAACGAGUUGAGAAUAAAGACGACGAAAAAGUACAAAGUUAAAGAGAAGCAGAGACGGAAGCUCUCUGGUCUGACAGAGUUGGACGAAAGCGCGCUUAAUGAUAGUGGAGACAGCAUAGAAGGGGGCCGUAGCCGUAGCAAUAGCAGGUUAUGCAGGCAAGACAGCAUAGAAGACGUAGUUAAUGACAAGGAUAAAGGCAAGGAUACAAUGAAGGGUAAUGCGGAAAACGAGGACGGAUUCGUGGAGGUUACUGCCGAGGACUUGGUAGCGGGUGAAUCUGCUGACGCGAAUGGCUUGCAAGACGGUCUUGUUACGAUGGAGUCAAAACAAAACGAAGACGAUAAGCCCCUGGGACGGGAUCACGUUUGUAAUGUGUGCCAUGCCGGCUUUGGCACUAGAAACAAGCUCUUCCAGCACAUUAAAGAACAAGGCCACGCACUCAGAGCCGACAGCGAAGAUACCAAUAAAAAGGGCAAGAAAAAGAAAGGAAAAAAGAAGCGAUAACAAAACAGCGAUACCGGAAUUUUCCAUGAGAGCAAAUAUUUAAUAAAGCAGGUUGAUAUAAAGAUUGAUUACGUAUUAGCGCUUAAAGUUGCUGAAAGAGAUGGAAACACACAAAGAGGGCAUGAAGGAAAUCCACGAGAUGAAUUGAAGCCUAAUCCUAAGCUGACCAAGAAAGAGGUCUCGUUCCCCUUACUCAUGUGCGUCUUGAAAGCAAUAGCGCAAAUAGCAUAAUUGUAUGAAGGAUUAACAAUCGUCAAAGAGCAAUGUCGUAAGGAAUGCGAAAAUUUUAUCAAAAGUGCUGUGUUUCGUAAAAUACUUUCAUUAUUGAUUAUCUACUUAUCAGACUCGUGAUUUUUAUUACCUCAACAGUGCAAAUCUGACCCACUCUGCGUAGGAAGGGGUUUGGAUAUGUGAAUUGUUAAUGUGUUUUGUUAUGAGUGCUAAUUAUUUUCCUUGAUUACACUUGACUAAUCACAGCAACAUUUACUCGCUAUCGCGAUUGUUUAAUUGUCUUAAACGAAAUUCAAACGUUUGCUACUUGAUAUCUGCGAAAUGUUAGUACCCCGGCAAUACCAAGCUUGUCUUGGUGCUUACCUCAGUCGUGUAUUAAAAUAAUAUUUUGCUAAAUUGCUCUCUACUUACAGAUCCCUUCAAGUAUUUGCAAGUUUUUUUUCCUUGCUAGGGCUAGCUCAGUGACACACAAAGAAAAAAAAAGGUAUUUGUUAGCAGAAAACAAUAAUAAUGGGUCUCACAGUUUUUGAGAUAUUGAGAAUUUAAUAAGGGCUUUUUUACUAUUAUCAAAAAAUAUUCUGAUAAAAUCUUGAAUUAUAUAAAAUUGCCGUUUUUCGCUCAUAGUUUUCUAACCGGAUUUGUUGUAUCUUUUUUACAAGAUGGUCUAAUAAAUCCCUAAUAUAUUUAUGA